AGCGAGCAGAACGAGAACAACAACCGAGGGUUAAUAUGAAUAAGUAUUUACUACAAGAAACAACUGAGCAUCAAGAUGCGUUUUUGUGCUUCUGCUUGCCAGUGGCGGUCUGUACCAACACGAGCACUGUUGGUGACACAUGGUAGCCCUUCUCCAUCAAUUUUCGGAAAACGUGGCUUUGCACGCUAUGCGAAAGGCGGACUCUCCAGAAAAAGACCUGGUAGAGAUGCUACCAGUAGUAGCGGCCAUGAUAGGUCGACUGGAGGAGGUGUGCAACGCCAUCAGCGUGGGAAUCCCAGGAGUGACCCAAAAGAUCCGUGGUCCAUGUUUCAGAAAGAAGGUAGUGGCUCUUCUCUUGGAGGCUCAUCUGCAUCAUCGUCCUCGUCACCCAGUGCAGCUUUUCCGUCAUUUUCCAGCACCGCUUCAGAACCGUCUGCUUCGUCUAGCCACGACGGAGCCCACGCUUUCGUGAAUCCUCGAGUUUGGUUCGAUGUCAGCGCGGCAGGCAGGCAUAUUGGUCGGCUCGAGAUUGAGCUGUUCUAUGACGUAUUGCCGGUCACAUGUGAAAAUUUUCGGGCUCUCUGUACGGGAGAAACUGGGUUAGGCUAUUGGUGUAAGCCAAGAUGGUACAAGGGUGUGAAGAUGCACAGAAUUAUUCCCGGCUUCAUGGCACAAGGAGGCGAUUUCAACUACGGGAACGGGUUGAUGGGUGAAAGCAUCUACGGCAAAAGCUUCCGAGAUGAAGGUAAGUAGGUUCCAGACGCCACUAGGCACUUUGUUCCGAUGAUGUCCAUAGCAAUUCCUCAAUUUGAAUUUUGAUUGAUGUCAUUGAACAAGAAGACUGUAGAACUAAAAUCAAUGUGCUGUUACUCGUCUCAUGUCUCCUCUUAUGGGCUUUUCCACGCGACUUUCUCCAGGUUUCGUGUACAAGCACAGUCGACGCGGGGUGGUCUCGAUGGCAAAAGCCAUCGAUAAGCAUACGAACAAUUCGCAGUUUUUUUUCACGUUUGGGCCUUUGCCACACCUCGACGGCAAGCACAUCGCGUUCGGGCAUGUUGUGAAUGUUGAUCCGGAUCACGAGGAAAGACUUGCCUCAAUACCAAACACUGCAAGAGGCAACAAGGUUCUGUUCAAUAAUACAGUACCUCCGAACACUCCUGAUCCUGUCGUGUCUGGUGGUGCCUCUAGGUCUUCUGCAACUUCUAUGCUGGAAGGACAACCUGAUGAUCAGGCUCAGAUGAAGCAAGUGGGAAUAUGGCGACCGCCUAAUACUGCAGCGAUGUCAAAAAAACGAAAAGAUUUGAUAUCGAAAAUGCCAAGGGACGUCCAAGGCAGCUACGUACUUGACGAAUUAGAGAAAAUGGGGACAGAAGCGGGAUUUCCACGGUAUCCGGUUGAAAUUUGGAAUUUAUGAAUUUUGACCUCUAGUACUACGGGUGUAAGUUGCCUCUUCAUUCUCUUUCUUCUUUGAAGAAAUUUUUUCAGCUCCGUACUUCUAUCCUUUGUUCUGUUGUCAUGAUCAAACUUUGUGUCCACAAGGCCCACGUGGUGGAGUCAACGCAGAUUUUUUGCGAGUAAUGAAUGAAUAUACAUAGAUGAAAAUGAUGCAGCCUACUGUGGACAUCAUGGCAAGAACAAUGAACUACUCCGGGUACACGCUUUAGAUAACUAAAAUAUAUUUCAAAUGAAGAAUUUGUAAGUGGCACCCUUUCAUCUUCCUGUGGCGAGUACGAUCGUGUGCGCGACGAAGAGCGGUUCCUUGUGAACCGCAUAGCACGACCUGACAAAAUGGACUUUCGCAUUAGUGGCGAAAAUCCUAUACCUAACGAAGUUUGGAAGAGGGCGCGGCGUGUGGUUCCUCCGCGGUGAUCCUCCGCGGUGAUCAUAGUUUUAGUACGCGGUUUCAUACUCUAAGCGAGAUAAGCAUGAGGACGCAGAGAAUGAAAAUGAACUACAUGAUGAUUUACGUUCAAGUUUUUCUAGGGGGAUGUUUGCAUUGAGGCUCAUUCAUGGAUUUAAAUAAAUGAGUUGCCUCUUGUUCACGUUCAUGCGCUCGUUUUCUAUCUGAAUUGAAGAUUAAACUUCGUUCUGCAAAAAUAAAGAAAAAUGUUCCGAAGACGAUGUAUUGUCUUGGCGGGAGAACAGUAUAAAUAUCGAAAAAGGACAGCAAGACACUCUGGGCGUCUACUUUCUCUGGCUUUCGGCAUCGAUGAAAUGAGGAGCUAUGGUCGAACGGCAAUAUCAUGUAUUUGCUCGGUCUAAAUAUUAACGGACUCAUAGAAGUGUGACGAUAAGGAGGUGAGGUCUGCAUUCCUUCGACUGGAAGCGUUUCGGUCUGCAUCCUCAUGUAACGAACUUGCGCAGGUGCUCUGGGCUCUGAGGAAUCAACUAGCCUGACAGGAGCUGUGGAUUUUAGCCGAAAAUUUGAUUUAUAUAUAAUUGUCGUACUG